GGCCUCCGCUGCACCGGCCAUCCUCCUCUACCAGGCCUGGGCCCUAGUCGGCCCUCCCGCCUCCGCUGCCCCGCCCUGCUCAAGGGGGCUUGCGAACGGUCAGGCAGCCACCCGGACGACUUCCUUCCUCUCCGGGCAAGAUGGCGGGGGGCGAGGCUGGUGUGACUUUAGGGCAGCCGCACCUUUCUCGGCAAGAUCUCAACACUUUGGAUGUUACCAAGUUGACGCCACUUUCACAUGAAGUUAUCAGCAGACAGGCCACAAUUAAUAUAGGUACAAUUGGUCAUGUAGCUCAUGGGAAGUCUACGGUUGUAAAAGCUAUUUCUGGAGUUCACACUGUCAGGUUCAAAAAUGAACUAGAAAGAAACAUUACAAUCAAACUUGGCUAUGCUAAUGCUAAGAUUUAUAAACUUGACGACCCAAGUUGUCCUCGGCCAGAAUGUUAUAGAUCCUGUGGAAGUAGUACACCCGAUGAGUUUCCUACAGAUAUUCCAGGGACCAAAGGGAACUUCAAAUUAGUCAGACAUGUUUCCUUUGUUGACUGUCCUGGCCACGAUAUUUUGAUGGCUACUAUGCUGAACGGUGCCGCAGUGAUGGAUGCAGCUCUUCUGUUGAUAGCUGGUAAUGAGUCUUGUCCUCAGCCCCAGACUUCUGAGCACCUGGCUGCUAUAGAAAUCAUGAAACUGAAGCAUAUUUUGAUUCUACAAAAUAAAAUUGAUUUGGUAAAAGAAAGCCAGGCUAAAGAACAGUAUGAACAGAUCCUUGCGUUUGUACAAGGUACAGUAGCAGAAGGAGCUCCUAUUAUUCCAAUUUCCGCUCAGCUGAAAUACAAUAUUGAAGUUGUCUGCGAGUACAUAGUAAAGAAAAUUCCAGUACCCCCAAGAGACUUUACUUCAGAACCCCGACUUAUUGUUAUUAGAUCCUUUGAUGUCAACAAACCUGGCUGUGAAGUUGAUGACCUUAAGGGGGGUGUAGCUGGUGGUAGUAUCCUAAAAGGAGUAUUAAAGGUGGGCCAGGAGAUAGAAGUCAGACCUGGUAUUGUUUCCAAAGAUAGUGAAGGAAAGCUCAUGUGUAAACCCAUCUUUUCCAAAAUUGUAUCACUUUUCGCAGAGCAUAAUGAUCUUCAGUAUGCUGCUCCAGGAGGUCUUAUUGGAGUUGGAACAAAAAUUGACCCCACUUUGUGCCGGGCUGACAGAAUGGUGGGGCAGGUACUUGGUGCAGUUGGAGCUUUACCUGAGAUCUUCACAGAACUGGAAAUUUCCUAUUUCCUGCUUAGACGGCUUCUAGGUGUACGCACUGAAGGAGACAAGAAAGCAGCAAAAGUGCAAAAGCUGUCUAAGAAUGAAGUGCUUAUGGUGAACAUAGGAUCCCUGUCGACAGGAGGAAGAGUUAGUGCAGUCAAGGCUGAUUUGGGCAAAAUCGUUUUGACUAAUCCUGUGUGCACAGAAGUAGGAGAAAAAAUUGCACUUAGCCGAAGAGUUGAGAAACACUGGCGUUUAAUUGGUUGGGGUCAAAUAAGAAGAGGAGUGACAAUCAAGCCAACAGUAGAUGAUGACUGAAGAAUUAAAUAAUAGAUUUGGAUGGAGUUGGAAUUUCUCUUAACAACCUAGGGGUAUAUUUUCAAAGCAAUAGUGAGGAAUUAAUUUCACAGCUCAUUACCUUAGGAGUAGCUGUAAGGAUAUUCUCAUUUUUUGGUGAUGAAAAUUUAACCUCUAGUACUAAAAUAGGGUCUACAAUAAAUGUAAAAAUUGGUGUAAUGUUGGAUUGAAUCUACAUUUUACCAGAAAUUAAUCAUUCCCAAAUAAUGUCUAAUUUAUACAUCAGUGCAGGUUUGAAAGGAAACUGCUACAACCAGCCUUUGCUGUAGCACACAUACCACUGAAUCUGUUUGAAAUAAAAUUUUUCUUCUUAUUUUUCAUGAUUCGUCUUUGAGUAGCUCCAGGCUUGAAGGAUUAUUGUUAUCAGUAAAAACUUGAAGACAAAUUCUUGAAGACCAACUUCCCUUUACCCCAUAUUUUAUGUUGCUUUUAUCUUUUUAAUUUUGAGUGACAAAUUAAUAGGUUCAAAUAAAAUUGUCCUUUCAGGCAUGAGGGCUUGUUCCCAUGGACACACUUUCUUUCCCUUUUUUUUCUGGACUAGAACACAGGAAGCUAGAGCCCGAAGUUCUCAUCCUCUCCCUGUGAUGCCCUGCAAUUGUUUCUGUGUUGCUUUACGCCCGAAACCCUACAGCCUUCCUCCAUUGGAAAGUACUGUUAACACCGGAUGAUUUUAGUUAAGUAACAAAGAUCUUUCCAGGCCUUAUUUUAUGUUUUUUCUUAACUGCUUAAUUGAUGAGGUUGUGAUGUAGAUUCUAUUAUU